CCUGACGGUAACCAGCCAACGGCGCCAUGGCCUUGGCCGUCAAGACCUGCACGCUUGCUAAAGAGAAAGAGAAGAAAUAUGACCGACAGCUGAGGCUGUGGGGCGACCAUGGGCAGCAAGCCUUGGAGAACGCCCACGUGUGUCUGAUCAACGCCAGCGCGACGGGAACCGAGAUCCUGAAAAACCUGGUGCUGCCUGGCAUUGGCGCCUUUACGAUUUUGGAUGGGAACAAAGUCAGUGGGGAAGAUAUUGGCAACAAUUUCUUUUUGGACAAGAGCAGCAUUGGCGAGAGUCGAGCGAAGACGGCGAUGCAUCUCAUCCAGGAGCUGAACAGCGACGUGUCUGGAAACUUUGUUGAGGAGGCUGUGGAGAAAGUCUUAGAAAAGGAGCCCACGUUCUUUCACAAGUUCACCGUGGUCAUCACCACACAGCUGCCGGAAAGCACGCUGCUGCGGCUGGCGGCGGUGCUGUGGCAGGCGGGCGUGCCGUUGCUGGCGUGCCGAGCCUACGGCAUGGCGGGCUACAUGCGCGUGGCACUUCGCGAGCACACGGUCGUCGAGUCGCACCCGGACAACGCGCUCGAAGACCUGCGCCUCGACCGUCCCUUCCCGGCGCUCGUCAAACACCUGGCUUCCUGCGACCUGGCCCUCCUCGACAAGAAGGAGCACAGUCAUACGCCAUGGCUGGUGGUGGUAGCCAAGUAUUUGGACGUGUGGAGGUCACAGCACGAUGGCAGUCUGCCCAAGAACUACAAGGAGAAGGACCAGUUUAAGGAGCUGAUCAGGCAAGGGAUGAUCAAGAACGAGCACGGAGCGUCGUCUGUCGAGGAGAACUUUGAGGAGGCCAUCAAGAACACAACGACCGCUCUCAACCCAACACGGAUUCCUGAUGGUAUUCGGCAACUCUUCAGUGACCCCAGCUGUCAAAGCCUCUCGGCCAAGAGCGCCGACUUCUGGGUGCUCGUGCGAGCGCUGCGAGACUUCGUGGAGGCCGAGGGGGGGGAGGGCGUGUUGCCGCUGCGUGGUUCCAUCCCGGACAUGAUCGCCGACUCGGACAAGUUCGUGCGCCUCCAGAACGUGUACCGGGAAAAAGCGAAGCAAGACGCUGAUGCUGUUGGGAAGCUCACUGCCUCGCUGCUGCAAUCUCUGGGACGGCCGGCGGACGGCAUAUCGGAGGGAGACGUGAGGCUGUUUUGCAAGCACGCGGCCUUCCUGCGCGUCGUGAGGUGUCGCUCGCUGGCCGAGGAGUACGACGCUGAGACCGCCCUCACCGCCGACAUAGGCAGUCAGCUGGAGUCGGCGGAAGGCGAGGCGGUGCUGUACGUCAUGCUGCGGGCAGUGGACCGCUUUUACCAGCAGUACGGCCGCUACCCAGGUGUGCGUGCCGAGGACGUGGACCGGGAUGUGGCCGAGCUGCGGGCGUGCGUGGCCGGCCUGCUGCAGGAGUGGGGGCUCCGCUGUACCGUCAAGGACGAGUACCUGCAUGAGUUCUGUCGGUACGGAGCGGCGGAGCCUCACACCGUCGCCUCCUUCAUCGGAGGAACGGCCGCGCAGGAGGCCAUCAAAGUGAUCACGCACCAGUUCGUGCCGUUCAACGACACGUUCAUCUACAACGCGAUGGCGCAGACUUCGCUCACACUGCGCCUCUGAACCUCUCCGGGGAUGGCGGGGGGCAUGGGGGCCUCGAAGUCGCUCGCCAGAGCCCCCCCCCCCCGUCUUCACUUUUCCCUUCAAAACGCCGGCCUGCAUCCCUUCGUCGCGACCCACACCGACCCUCGCUCGGUGGACCAUGAAACAAGCCAACAGCGGCCCCCCACACGGCAACCCCCCCCCCCCCCUCCCUCGUCUCUCUGCCCACCAGCUGUUGGUCUAGCUCAGGGCUGAGGAACCAUUGGCCCACGGGCCUGAUGUGACCCACAACUUAGAUUCACGAGACUCGUGGUCACGUACAGCCCGCACGGACGAUAGUCAUCCGUCGCUGCAAGCAGUUUAGGCGCACUAAUAAAUGGGGUACUCGAGGGGAAAAUAUCUUUUGACCUGUCGAUUUAAAGCUUUCGUGACUGCAGGGAUUCAUCUUCUUGGUUCUUUCGGUAAAGUCACUUAGAAGGGAAAUAAUAAAAUAAUAAAAAUAAAACAUUAAAUAAUUCUCACGACGUUUCGAGGACGGCUGCUUGCGUUGUGGCCGAAACGUCGUGAAAAUAAUUGUAUUUUGUUUUGUUUUUAUUAUUUAAUUAUUUCCAUUCUACGUGACUUUACCGAAAGAACCAAGAAGAUGAAUCUUUGACCUGGCCACAUCACGCUCGGUCACUGCCUAUCUAUGUCUCCUUUACGCCCGGUUGACGUGCACGUUGCGUUAUUGGAUAGCGCCAGGCUGCGCGUGUGUCAACGCGUAAAUCCUAUUUGGCCCUCGGGAAAGAUUUCCCCUCCAACGUCGCUCGACGUUGCCGCUGCAGCUUGGGGCUCGCCGUGCGAAGGGCGUCACGCGCCGUGACGUGCGCGCGCGUCUUGAGCGGUCACUAAAUUGAAUUUGUUUCGCCAAGGAAAACUUCGCCUGAGCGUCGCGAUUAUUGUUUUCCCUUCCCAGACGGCUACCAACUUCGAGGAGGGGGGGGGGGGGGGUGUUUGACCUGCGCGUUCAUUUGAGAGCGUUCUCACGGCACGCGCAAGGAACUUGGGAAAGUGUCCGGAGAACAGCCACGGGGCAUGCGUGGGAGCACACCCAGACCCGGCAGGGCGCAGUCGCUUCGUGGGCCUCAACUACGAGUCCCCAGCGCCCGACCUCGUCACGGCUCGGUCCCAAGCGGGAGUUGAGCCCCCGAGGUUUUUGCUUGGGUGACGGUGACCGACGCGGCACAAACAGGGGUUUGUCGCAGGGCUCGCGGGCCCGCGUUCAUUCAACCCUCUAGAUUUGAAGUUUUCGUGACUGCGAGCUAGGGGGAAGACCAGGACCAGUUCAGUUAAUGGUCACUCAUGUUGGCCAUGAGCGGGAAUCGAAACCUAUGAUGCUUUUCACGUUCUUUUUUUCGCAAUGCAAUUAUCAAAAAUACAACAACAAAAACAACAUUAUCAACCCCGAGCCCAUUCACGGUUCUAGUUUCUUUACCGAAAGAACCACGAGUAUAUUCAACCCUCUAAUUUUACGUGCCAGUAGCGCCGUCGAUCAAGUGGGCAUCGUCGGCGCACAUUGCAGCAGAACGGGAACGGUACAGGGGGCGAUGGAGCCAGAGAAAUGAAAUGGAAACCCUCUUCUUGGUUCUUUCGGUAAAGUCACGUAAGAACCAAGAAGAUGAAUCCCUGCAGUCACGAAAGCUUUCAAUCGAGAAAUGGAAACCCGUCACGACCUCGACGGCUGACUCCGACCGAGUAAAGUAACUUGGCAACCGAGCACAAAAUAAAGUGCAACCGUUGCGCAAUGGAUAGCCUAAAGGUAAUCGGUAAAUAAAGAUGUCAUCAAUGAAAAGGAAGGCAAGUCUGAAUGGCUGUCUUCUUCCACAGACCACGGAGUUGACCACGGAUUGUUGCGGGGGUUGCCCGGGGCAGUGCAGACAAAUCCCUUGUCCUGUUCCGCCACGUCCCCAACUCUGCGCUCCCCCCCCCACCACCAUCAGCAGCAACUGUCGGUGACCAGGGCGGUGAAGCGUGCUCGCGCGAUUGUUCACUUCAACAAAGGCGUGGGUUAAAUUUCGAUUUAAAGCUUUCGUGACUGCAGGGAUUCAUCUUCUUGUUUCUUUCGGUAAAGUCACGUAGAAGGGAAAUAAUAAAAUAAUAAAAAUAAAACCUGAGGGCGGCUGCUUGCAUUGUGGCCAAAACGUCGUGAGAAUUAUUUGAUUAUUUUUAUUUUUUUUAUUUUUUUAUUUCCCUUCUACGUGACUUUACCGAAAGGCGCUGGUUUUUAGGUUUCGUGGGUUGCCGUAAACUUUGCGUUGUUUGCUUUUCACCCCCCCCCCCCCCCCCCGUCUUGUUCACUCCCCAAUCAUCACACUCGGAAUAUUUAUUUGUACUGGAGGAAUCCAAUGAGCUAUGAAGCUCUUUUUCGCAAAUGUCCAGCUGCUCGCAGUUUACUUCAACGGUACGUAAAGUGUAAAUGUGCACAACCUCGCGCAGGCAUCAGGAGAGCAGUGGUUCAGUGGUAGGUUGACAACAAGGCUGUACAUUUUGCAUAUUCUGUGGCAGUCUGCAGCUGACUUUGGCUCACCGAUGAGCCCUCGGUAAAGAGUGAACUGCAUCUGUGUCUCGAUUUAAAGCUUUCGUGACUGCAGGGAUUCAUCUUCUUGGUUCUUUCGGUAAAGUCACGUAGAAUGGAAAUAAUAAAAUAAUAAAAAUACAACAUAAAAUUAUUCUCACGUUUCGAGGACGGCUGCUUGCGUUGUGGCCGAAACGUGAGAAUUUUAUUAUGUUUUAUUUUUAUUCUUUUAUUAUUUCCCUUCAACGUGACUUUACUGAAAGAACAAAGAAAAUGCAUCUGUGUCUCCCAAACACAGUGGCCCGGUGAUGCAUCUUUUAACAGGCCUGUCCGCCACAAUGUCAAGCAGUGUUUGGGAUUCAAAUGUACAUUUCUCUUUUUAAAAUUAUGUUUAAUCCCUCUUAAGCAGAAUUGACUUAAUAAAACACAAAUGUAUAUUUCUUCUAAAUCAACAUCACGAAACCCCACCACUUGGCUUUCUUUCGUACAAUUCUGCGUGGCAUAUUUAACCUGACGUUUCUUGAGCAUGUUGGUAACUUGUGGAGGGAACUUGGAAUUCCGAGGCAAGACCCAAGCACACUGGAAGUGCGAUGUGAAACCAUCAUCGUCUCUGGGCAGAUAAACUAGGUUCAACAAUGACAGAGAGCCUCUUGCCCUUGGAACGCCAGCCACUGUGUCCACAGUGUACCCACUGCGAUGCCUGGGAUCAGACACCGGUGAUAGCAAACCAAAUACAGGGACGCCUCGACUUGCGAACGAGUUAGAGGUCUGUUCGUAAGUCCAACUUCUGUCGAUUGCAAUCAUGUACGGCGUGUAUACUAAACACGAGGAAUGGAAUUAAAAGUUGCACAAUCUU